CGUGUCGCAGCGCCCGGCCCUGCUCGCCCUGGGCCCCGCCGAGCCCGGCCUGCCGCUGCCCGCCGACGUGGAGCCCGGCCUGGCCUUCGCCGUCCUCGACCCAGCGGGGGCUCUACGGUCGGCGCUGCUCCUGGCUGAGGACCCCUCUGCAGCAGGAGCAAAGGCAUCAGUGGCACCCCCGGCCUGUGAGGUGUCGGGCUACACGCCCCAGGAUGCCCAUGUGCCCUGGGCUGCGGGGCUGACUCCCUGGGAGCUCUGUCCCACUGGCCUCCAUGGCCCCUGGUUCAUGGCCAGUGUCCAGGCGUCUGUCCACUAUGGCGUCAGCAGUGUCCUGCAGGCCCAGCCACCACUGCCCCAGCAACCAGAGGGGGUGACUCUGACAACCGCAGCGCUGUCCGUGUUCACCCGUACCCCCAAAACCUGCGCUCGCCUGGGCACGGACGUGCUGCUGGACUGCGGGUUCACGGCCCCGCUGGGGCCCUCCUUCUCUGUGGAGUGGCGCUAUCAGCACCGGGGCACUGGGCGUGUGCUGCUGGCCUAUGAUGGGACAGCUGCCCGCACCCACGUGGCUGAGCCAGGGGCUGAGCUCUUCCUAGGCGACAAUGUGGGGGGCAUGUACAAUGUCUCCCUGCGGCUGCGCAACGUGGGUACCCAGCACGAUGGCACCUACAUCUGCACCGUCUACCGGCCGCACCUGCACGCCCAGCAGGCCAUGCAGCUCAACGUUGCUGAGCCUCCCAAGGUGGUGCUGCACCCUGACCCAGUGGUGGUGGCUCCAGGGGCGCGGGUAGAAGUGGCCUGCGAGAUCUCGGGCUACUUCCCACUGGACGUGACUGUGACAUGGGAGCGCCGGGAGCCUGGUGGGGCAGGAGCCACAGCUGUGGCUGAGACAUGGCAGUCAGGGCACCGGCGUGGCCCCAAUGGCACCUAUGCGCUGACUAGCUUUGCCCAUCUGCUGCCUGCUCAACCUGGUGACCACGGCACCACCAUCACCUGCUCUGUGGCCCAUGUGGCCCUGCGUACCCCCCUGCACCGCCGCACCCAGCUCCACGUGGCAGGCUCUUCAGGUCCCUCCCUGGAGGACGCUGUGGGACUGUUCCUGCUUGCCUUCCUGCUGUAUGGCGCUGCACGUGCCCUGGGGGGACUCGGCUCCAAUGCUGAAGAGGAAAACAAGAAGUCAGAGUGAAGCCGGAGUGGAGCCACCCAAGGAGACCAAGGAGGGAGUUGUGGCCUCUGAGGCCCCCUGGGAUGCAACUGUGAACCCAAAGAUGAAGGCUGGGAGGGGGGCUGGCAAGGUUAAGAAAGGGCUGAUUCUCCAGAUGGCCCUGGUACACCUGUUGACACCCUCCAAACCCCUACCAGGACCCUCCUGUGCCCCGUGCCAUUACCUCUGCACUCCCACCCCUCAAUCCCCUAGCUCCCCCCACCCAGCCUACACUCCCCCUGCUCCCCCUCACCUUGCCCCUGGUGGGAGGGGGGCUUUAUAUGGAAGCAGGAGGCUGAGGUCUUCCAGUGUGUAAAUAAAGGCAUUUGUUGUGACUCCCCCAA